AAAACUCACAACUAUCAGUCGGCAGUCGCGAUCAGUGAGGUCCACCCAGCUGUUGAUUCUGAGUAUCAGCAGGACUGUUCCGCACUUUUAGGUUAGGCCCGUUGUUGUCUGGUUGUCGAUCAAAAUCUGUCCAAUAGAUUAUCAACAGGCCUAAAACCACAAAAACAAUGUUUGCCGAACGGACUAGUCCCUCUUUGUUACAAUAACAAGAAGUGUCAAGUGAAUUAAAUUUUAAAACGAUUGUGAGUGCGUGAUAGUGGUGUGACUUGUUCCAACUUUGUGGUGCUGUUCUCAUCUGUCUGGAAUUGUGAAAUUACUAUCAUCUGUGCUAUUUUAUUGGAUUUGCCUGUGAUUACAACAGAACCCGCUGAAAGGUGAGAUAAUAAUUGGUGCACGCAUGACUAGUCGAGGUUGGAAUGAAACUGCUACCAGCACUGCCACCACUCAAUGCCCCCCAGAACAACAUGGAGAGGCUGUCCCUGUUCAACCCCUCAGACCUGCUUUGGCGCUAUCCCACCAUCAACUUUCACUCCCCAUCACCUGUCAACAACUAUAUGCAGAUGGACUUCAAGACCCACCUACCAGCCAACCUGGGGGGAGACCCGAGGCUGUGGUCCAGGGAAGAUGUCGUAUCAUUCCUCAGGUGGGCUGAGUACGAGUUUGACCUGCCUGCCUUCGAUCUGGAGAUGUUCCAGAUGAAUGGAAAGGCCCUAUGUCUCCUAACCAAGACAGACCUGGGAGAACGCAGUCCCGGUAAUGGGGAUGUUCUACACAACGUCCUCCAAAUGUUGAUACGGGACUCGAGGACGCUGCCCAGCUCUCCUUUAACCCCCCAUUUCCCUUUAACUCCUUCGUGGUCGUUUCCUCCCGCCCCUGCACUGGAGUUUCCCUCUACACCCCCGUCGGUGACACUCAACUCCGUCACACUCAGCCCCGCCCCCAGUGUGGAUAGUCAGGCCGGCAGCCCUCGUCACUCAGAGCAGCAACAAGCCUAUCCUGCCCUCAACAACUACGGGAGCAGUAACCAGAGCAAUGGUGGCAGUUCCGGAAGUAACCAGUCAGACAGUGAGGUGGAGGAAUCACCUCGCCCACCCCCCACACCCACCCUCACUCCACGCACACCUCCGCCACAUUCCCCUGCCUCCGCCAAGGGACUAGGCCAUGCCUUCUUCCCUGCGGAACCCAUCUCAGAGCCCAAUACCAAUGGGCGACUACUCUGGGAUUUCCUACAACAGCUGCUGAAUGAUUCGAUGCAGCGGUACACGGCGUAUAUCGCGUGGAAGAACAGAGAGCUGGGAGUGUUCAAGAUAGUGGAUCCCCCAGGUCUGGCUAAGCUAUGGGGCAUACAGAAGAACCACCUGAGCAUGAACUACGACAAGAUGUCGCGGGCACUGCGAUACUACUACCGGGUCAACAUUCUGCGCAAGGUUCAAGGAGAGCGGCAUUGCUACCAGUUCCUUCGAAAUCCUAGUGAGCUGAAGAGCAUAAAGAACAUCUCGCUACUAAGACAGCAGAUGAGUGGUGCAGGAGAGCAGCAGCAGCAGAGCCAGCAGCAGCAGCAACCUGUCCGUGUCAAAUCAGAACCUGUCGAUCCCCCUGAGGACGACCUGAGACCCACCGACCUCAGCAUGGGCACGGCUCAGCAUUUCCGUGUCACUGCUGACUUUGAAUACCUCCGCAAUCCAAGUGAGCUGAAGAUCAUGAAGAACCUGCACACGCUGAGGGAACAGCGAGCGAGUUCUGCAGCCCUCUCGAGUAACUCGGACACACAACCGCGUGACCUGUCCGUCAGCGGUGCCAUGCAGCUGUCUCUGAACCUGGCAGCAGAGCAGCUAACACGACCCCAGGACCUCUCCGUUCCCCUGUCCCGGCCACUGGUCAAGACAGAGGAAUGUGACAGGUCUUAACACGCCGUCUCUUUGUACAGUAUCGUGAUAAUGGACACAAUUCAUAUAGAGCGUUCUUGUAGAGCGUGUGAAAUUUUGUGAGUGAUUGUGAUAAAGCGCAUCUAAUGUUUUAAAAAGAUGGUUAUUAAAAUGCAUUGGACAAACGUAUAAUCUAAGAAAUAUUAUCUUAAAAAAUUACUGACAAUACAUUGUAUUUUACUGUGUAGAUUGAUUUGAAACGAAAUAAAUAAACAAAAGAAUUUUCAAUCGUUUACCAAACCUUUGAAAAUAGUUUUUCACUUCAUCUUUUAAUUUAAAAAAAUGAACAGGUUUUAAAGUUAAAUGUCUUUAAUACGUUGUUUAAGUAAUAUUUUAAAUAAAAUGUAUUACAUAUUAUUGUUCCAAUGCAUUUUAGCAGUAACUAAAUAUUGAGAAGUGUUUAAUGUUGUUGAUGCCUGCUGGAUAGGUAUUUUAUGAAUAGUACCAACCUUGUAGUGUUAAGUUCUGUGCUUCCUUUAGGUUAUAUUAGGUUGUUUUUAGUUAAACUAUUAAAUAUCUUUCCUUGUUCCUGAAUUUUCUGCUUUUUGCUUUUUGUGUAAUUACCUUUUUAGUUCCAAUACCUAAUAACUAUCAAACAAAAACGUUUUUUUCAAUAUAUUUGUUAUUAAAACAAACAAACUUUUUCUCUAUUUACAAAGCUACUGUAUAAUACGUUUCUACCAUUUUACCGAUAGUACAUCAGCUCAAUGUUGUCAUCGUUAAGACAUAGUUGUAUAUAUUAGUUGAUUAUUUUAAUUAUAGUUAAAGUUUAGGUAUAUAUUUAUUUUAUGCAAGUGACAUACAGUCUUAAUAACAUUACUGUUAACUGCCAAAAUAUAAUAGUAUUGUCAACGAACAUGACAACGACAAGAUUAUUUUAUUUUACAUGAAGCUUUAAUGUUCCUCAGCAAGGGAAACAAGUUGUUACAUCAGAAUGAAAUUAUUAUAAGUGAUCUCUUUUAAAUUGUCCGGGGUAACAAAGAUAUAUCUGUAUAUAAUGAUAAACGAGUUAUAUAAAUACUAUAUUAGGCUAAGUAAAUGCUUUUGUUUGUUGAUUUUGAAAUUUUAACAACUGUUUGAUGUUGGCUGUUUGAGCUGUGAGACACAACGAAUUCUACAUGAGAUGACAACAAUCAAACAAAAGAUCUCAAUGUGUUUAGCGAUGUAUUUAGUGUUUUGUACAUUUGUGUCAGAGAUUUAAUGUUAAGACAUCAAUUGUACAUAAAACGCUUGGGAAACAUUGAGAGUGAUUUCACUCAAGUGUAUUUUAAAAAAUAAAAUAAGAAAUAUUUUGCUA